CCAUCAUUGCGGGCCUGGGUUGAAGUCAGCGAGUGUUGGUCGGUAGAACAAGCUGUUCUCGGCUCUCUAAACGGCCCAAUUUCUUUCUAAAAUACCAACUUUAAACGACAGCAGCGCUGGUUUAGAUGUCUUUGUAAGGUUUCGUGCAGGUGCACACACUCUUUCUCUAUCUCUGAGGACCAGUGGUGAAGUUUGUUGCCAUGGCGUCGCCAGGGGGACAAGGAGGAGCUCUGUCCACCAGGGGAGGCAGCGGAGCCCGGAGAAUGAAGUGGGCCCUGGAGCUCAGUGUUGGAAACACCAGGAGUCGCGGUGACCGACAAGGCGGUCAGGGAGAUGUCGUUUACCCCAUCGGCUACUCAGAGAAACCCGUUCCUGACACCAGCAUCCAGGAGACCGACAAGAACCUGGUGGAGAAGCGCUGCUGGGAUGUGGCCCUCGGGCCCCUAAAGCAGAUCCCCAUGAACCUGUUCAUCAUGUACAUGUCUGGAAACACCAUCUCCAUCUUCCCCAUCAUGAUGGUCUGCAUGAUGGCCUGGAGGCCCAUUCAGGCUCUCAUGUCCAUGUCUGCCACCUUCAAGCUGUUGGAGAGCUCCAGUCAGCAGUGGCUACAGGGCCUGGUCUACCUGAUCGGGAACCUCCUGGGAGCAGCGUUGGCCAUAUAUAAGUGCCAGUCCAUGGGGCUGCUUCCAACACACUCGUCUGAUUGGCUGGCUUUCAUAGAGCCGCCGCAGAGGAUGGAGAUCAUGGGUGGAGGGAUGGUGCUGUGAGGGGAGAGGUCACAUGCUCCACAUGCUCCAUCCUUCUUAUCGCCACGCCACCAGGCAUCCCUUCACAGCCGAACACAAAAAACCGGACUUUCAGCCAUUUCCAGAUCCAGACUGGACCGUCUCAGUCCAAGCAACAGCAGCGAGGUGCAGGAGGAUCUCAGUCCAACAUCAGGGAUGCAUCCCGGCUCUUUCUGGCUUUGUUGCUGAAGCAUUUCUUUGGUCUUCCUCUGGCGAUUAGCAUCUUUUGUUUUUAUUUCUCAUGAUAGUCUGAAGACGAGGCUGCCCAGUUUCUGUCCAGGUAGUCGCCUCCUCAGUAGGUUGUUAGUGGGGGUGAUUUAUAGCUCCCAGCUCAGAAACCAUUGGUCACACCUUUAAUCCAAUAGUUUAGUCCGUUUGAUUCCUGACCAUGUAGGGAAGAGUCUCCUAAAUGCUUAGCUUUUAUCGUCAUUCAGUUUAAACACAUUUUGUUGUAUCUUCAGCCUGAGGUGGUUUUUGUUUCCACUUCCUGCCCUGCAUCAUUAACUCAGUUUUAAUUUAUAGCUCUGUGUAAUUUAUGCUGAUUUGCUAUGAAAAUGUUCUAUAAAUAAAUCCUUAUUGCUUGAAUUCAAAUGUUUCCAACGAUGUCAAUAAAGAUACCUUUUUAUUAGGUUAGUUAGCA